AUCUUUUGAAAUGUUUCAAGCUAUCAAAGCAAUUGGACCACGCCAUACUUUCACAAAUAAAUCAUAAAACAUGAUUACUACAGCUCUGAUGAAGUCAUAAACGCUCGCUUCCAGCCACGCGUGCAUCGAGCGUUAUGAACUGGUUCUAAGUUCACCACUGAUACCGGAUGAUGCUUACUUUGUCUCCUAGUUACUACCUACUACAUAAUGAAGAUGACAAAUAUUUAUAAAUUUUGCUAGGCGUUCAAAGUUAAAAGUUGCGUCAAGUAAAUGUACAACAUUUAAUUCAGUUCAUUGGUUAAUUAUUGGAACCUAGGCAAUGUCAUAUAAAUCACAUGCCCAUGUGUUAUUAUAUAAAUAUUCAUUAACUAAUCGUCCAUAUAUAAAGGAAGGGUUGCUUAGCUUUCUUCACAUUCACGUUUCAUCUGUGGCAUCAGCGAGACGUCCUCCGAAACACACUUUAGUCGCCAAACAUGAAGAUACUCCUUGCUAUUGCAUUAAUGUUGUCAACAGUAAUGUGGGUGUCAACACAACAGCCACAAAGAGUGCACACGUACUGCGGGCGUCACUUGGCUCGCACUCUGGCCGACCUGUGCUGGGAAGCGGGCGUGGACAAGCGCAGCGGUGCUCAGUUCGCGAGCUACGGCUCCGCGUGGCUGAUGCCGUACUCGGAAGGACGCGGCAAACGAGGCAUCGUGGAUGAGUGCUGUCUCAGACCCUGCAGCGUGGACGUGCUUCUGUCGUACUGUUAGACCAUUCCUUUACCGAACUGGUUCGUUCUCAAUACAUUUGGAAAUAAAAAACCGUAAAUAAUAAUAAAAA